UUCGUCUUCGAUCUCCGCCGAUGAUGUUAAUCAUUUACGCGUAUAAGAUCGCAUCACAUUAGUCACAUAACUUCGCUUGCGAUGACACACGGCAAGGGAUCAGAUUAAGUGUUUUGAACGAUAUUUUAAAAAUCCCUCCAAAUUGUCGCGCACGCGCUGUUACUCCACUUUAUUGUGAUUGGUCGCGAAUCAAACGGAAUUAAGCAAUAUGAGUGUAACGCGAAACAGUGUCAGUCGGUCCGCGUGCAACAGUAAGGGAAGCAUGAUCGUCGUUUCGAAUAGACUGCCCUUUAUUCUAAAAAGAAAUGAGAAAACCGGUGAAUUGGAGAGAAAGGCCAGCGCCGGUGGUCUUGUAACCGCGGUGGCGCCUGUGGUCAUCCGUGGAAAUGGCAUCUGGGUGGGCUGGGCUGGCAUACACCUGGACAACAUUAACGAGAAGAUCCCGGAAUCCGACCCAAACGACAAGACACCGACCGCUGGACUGCUUUCUAGUAAGAUCGUCGCAAUUCACUCUGAACCAAAAUUAUUUGAUAGCUACUACAAUGGUUGCUGCAACGGUACUUUUUGGCCACUAUUCCACUCAAUGCCGGACCGUGCCACAUUUAUUGCUGACCACUGGAGAGCCUACAUUAAGAUCAACGAGGAGUUCGCUGAGAAGACUGUGUUUGCACUGAAACUCCUAAAGGAAAACAAAGAGAAGAAUGGCAGUUCACCUCCAAUUGUAUGGGUGCAUGAUUAUCACCUCAUGUUAGCGGCUAAUUGGAUUAGACAGCGAGCUGAAGAAGAUGAAAUAAAAUGCAAACUAGCGUUUUUCCUUCACAUUCCAUUCCCGCCGUGGGACAUAUUCCGCCUGUUUCCGUGGUCAGACGAAGUGCUCCAGGGUAUUCUCGGAUGCGAUAUGGUCGGUUUCCACAUAACGGAUUACUGCUUGAACUUCAUUGACUGUUGUCAGAGAAAUUUGGGUUGCCGAGUCGAUAGAAAGAAUUUGCUGGUUGAACUCGGUGGCCGUACGAUCUGUGUUCGACCUUUACCAAUUGGCGUACCGUUCGACAGAUUUGUCUCUCUAGCGCAAAACGCAAAACCAGUGCUUUCUACAAGUCAAAAAGUGAUACUAGGAGUCGAUAGAUUAGAUUAUACCAAAGGAUUAGUGCACAGACUAAAAGCUUUCGAGAGGCUAUUGCAGAAGUAUCCAGAACAUAUCGAGAAAGUGGUGUUACUGCAGAUUUCAGUACCAUCAAGAACAGAUGUCAAAGAAUAUCAAGACUUAAAAGAAGAAAUGGAUCAACUAGUUGGAAGAAUUAAUGGAAGGUUUACGACACCUAACUGGUCACCAAUCAGGUAUAUAUAUGGAUGCGUUGGUCAAGACGAACUCGCAGCCUUCUACCGUGAUGCUGCUGUCGCUCUGGUAACACCACUAAGGGACGGCAUGAAUCUAGUCGCUAAGGAGUUUGUCGCUUGCCAAAUUAACAAACCUCCAGGAGUUUUAAUAGUGUCUCCUUUCGCCGGCGCAGGAGAGAUGAUGCAUGAAGCACUGAUAUGCAAUCCUUAUGAACUGGACGACGCAGCUGAAGUUAUCCAUAGGGCGCUAAUAAUGCCAGAAGACGAACGCACAGUUCGAAUGAAUCAUCUCAGACGACGAGAACAGUUGAACGAUGUUGACAGCUGGAUGAAAGCAUUCCUCAAGGCCAUGGACUCGCUCGAGGAAGAGGCUGAUGAUAUUGGAGCUACCUCCAUGCAACCUGUCACUAUUGACGACUUCGAUGAAUAUUUAUCAAAAUACAUCGGCUACACACAGAAGCUCGCACUCUUAUUGGACUACGACGGAACCUUGGCUCCGAUAGCGCCACACCCGGACUUGGCGACUCUACCACUGGAAACCAAACAUACGUUGCAACGUCUUUCCAACAUGUCCGAUGUGUACAUUGCUAUUAUAUCUGGGCGAAACGUCAACAACGUGAAGGAUAUGGUUGGAAUUGAAGGUAUCACGUAUGCUGGAAAUCACGGUUUGGAAAUCUUACAUCCGGACGGUAGCAAGUUUGUUCAUCCCAUGCCAAUGGAAUUGCAAGAUAAAGUGGUAGAACUUCUUAAAUCCUUGCAGGAACAGGUUUGUAGAGACGGUGCUUGGGUGGAAAACAAGGGAGCUCUCCUGACAUUCCACUUCCGAGAGACUCCGGUGGCCAAGCGCGCGGCGCUGGCGGACACGGCGCGCCGCCUCAUCACGGCGGCCGGCUUCACGCCCGCGCCCGCGCACUGCGCCAUCGAGGCGCGCCCGCCUGUCCAGUGGAACAAAGGUCGUGCAUCAAUUUAUAUCCUCAGAACAGCCUUUGGCCUGGACUGGAGUGAAAGAAUAAGGGUUAUAUAUGCUGGUGACGACGUCACUGAUGAAGAUGCUAUGCUAGCUCUCAAAGGUAUGGCAGCAACAUUCCGCAUCGCGUCGUCGAAUAUAACCAAAACCUCAGCAGAACGACGUCUGUCGUCCACCGAUUCAGUACUGGCAAUGCUGAAAUGGAUCGAAAGGCAUUUCUCACGUCGUAAGCCCAGAGCAAAUUCACUAACAUACAAAAAUGCGAGACUAGCCCGCGAUACCAUGCAAAUGCAUAUGUCCUAUCUACCCACGAGGUCGCCGAAACAAACGCCUCCUCGCACACCUGAUGUUAUAUCAAGCGGCUCGGAGUCAAGUUAAUCACUGUCCCCAUACGUUACAAAAUAAACGUUAGAUCUUUCUAAGCAAAUCUUUUCGUAAAAACGUAUUAGAUUUAUAUUCUUACCUAAGCAUAUAAGCUUAGAACAGAACAAUAGAACAAAAUAAAAAUAUUUGUCUCAACUAUUGUUUGAAACAAUAUGUAUUCCACAUUGGGCGCGCUUAAUUAUUUUAAUGGUUUGUCAGAUGGAUGUUUGUGUAGGACUGUUGUCCUAUUUAUGUGAUAGAAUAGUGAUAAUUGUUUCUUUUUAAUUUAGACUUAUUGUAGACAAAGAUAUCAAAAUUAUGCCAAAUAAUUUAUACUCGUAUAUUUUUAUAAUUAAACAAAUAAUUAUAAAUUAUUAUUUUCUUUUAU